AUGCCUCGCCCUCGCCCCCGUCGCCUACAGCAUAUCCAGGGCAUUGGAGUUGACCAGAUGGGCAACCUCGCGGACGCCUCUGACCGCGACUAUCUCCGCCUGGAGAAUCUCGACGUCGACAUCCCGCCGGACCCGGAUGCCGUCGCCUAUACGGAGCAAGCGCUCCACCUUGACGGAUGCAACAGCUAUCUCCCAUUUACCGGCAAAGCGCAUUUACGCGACGUUGCAGCCAAACAUGUAACCCAGAUUUCCGGGGUGGAAUACUCUGGCGAACGCAACUGCACCAUCGCUGCGGGAGGACUGUCCGGCAUCCUCAACGUGCUCCUGGCCACGAUCGAGGAGGGCGAUGAAGUGAUCAUAACGGACCCCAUCUACCGCGGCCUGAUCAAUCGGGUCCUUCUCGCAGGAGGGGUACCGAAAUUCGUCCCAUUCACAUUUCAGCCCGGUGGCGAAUGGAAAUUGGAUGGCCAUGCGCUCCGGUCCGCCAUCACCGAUCGAACAACAGCAAUGCUGCUCAUGUCGCCUUCCAUGCCAACCGGCGGUUAUUUCGAUCAAGAUGACUGGCAUCUCGUGUCGGAAUUAUGUGUGUCGCACGAUCUUUUGCUCAUCCUGGACUCGGCCAUGGAGCGGCUCGUCUUCGACAAUCGUCCCAUCGUCCAUCCCGCAAGCUUUCCGGGCAUGGCGGAGCGCACCGUCACCGUGGGAUCCUCUGCGAAGGAGCUGAGGAUGAUUGGCUGGCGAGUCGGUUGGAUCGUAGCACCGGAAGCUCUCAUGGGAGACAUCGCCGCCGUCUCGAUGGCGAACGUGGUCGUCCCAGUGGGUAUUGCACAGGAGGCCGUGGCCAUUGCGUUGGAGCGGUCGGCUGUGACCAUGCCACAGUACGUGACGGAGCUUCAGGCGCGACGAGAUCUCAUCGUCGAGGAAUUGGCCGGUCUUCCGGUCGCAGUUCCUGCUGGGGGAUGGAGUCUUUUGAUCCGAGUGAGUGACUUUGGCAUCGAUGGGGAUACGGCCUCAAAGCGACUCUUGGACCAGGGCAUCUGUGCUACCUCUAUGGCCGGCUGGGGAGGUGCCCAGGCUGGACAAUACAUUCGAUUCGUCUUCUCGAAUGAACCUCUGGAUCGCUUGAGAGGGAUCGGCGCGAAAGUGCGCAGAGCUCUUGGGGUAUUAUAG